AGUCCCUUCCGAAACAGAACGAUCGUUUACGAUUUGACUCUGUAUCGUGACGUCAUAUAAUUAGAGUAAAUACAAAGUAGACGAUGGUGUCAGCGUGCCGUUCUAGUGUGCUCUAGUGAUUAAAUUAUUAAAAAAAUGGAUAUUAAGGAUGUACAGUUGGUGGGUUGUCCAUGUGGACAACACGGUCCGUACACAUUUUACAAGGCUUUUAAGUAUACGAAAAACGGUUCGAAAAGAAUAGUGACUUUGAGUGAAUUUUUCUUUGUUAAAAUGUGGAGAGAUUCGGAUUUAUUAUGUAUCGGUGAGUUGCAGUUAUUGUGGAUUGACAAAAAUAGUGAACAAAUGUUGGCGAGUUUGCGUUUAUAUUUCUUGCCCGAAAAUACCCCGGAAGGACGAAUGGAUCACGGCGAGGAUGAAGUUUUAGCCAUUUCGGAAAAAGUCGUCAUCAGAGUGGAAGAUUUGAUCACAUGGAUCACUGUUGAGGCUGAAUGGACUUGGGGUAGGUUGGCGAAUUGUGAGUCCGAAAUGAACGAGCUCGAAGCGGAUCCGGACAAAUGUACAGCUCCCAAGAAACCAAUGGGUCAUUAUUUUAGUCCAUCCGAAACGCUACUCGACUUCUCAGACGUCGAGCAAGAACGUCAGCAAUUAGAACAAACCGCGGCAGAAAACCACGAACCUCACGUCGUCAUCCUCAGUUUCCAGAAGUAUUGUCGCUACAGAGCGAUGAUGAAACGCUUAGAAGGCGUGGAAAAUCUCUACCUCAAAUACAAAAUAGUAAAUGCGCUUGGUGGAUUCUACGUAAAGCAUCACAACACUAGGGUAUUAUUUUGCCGCGACACAUUCGAUUAUCCGGAACUGGAAGGUCACGAGCUUCUAUGCAAUCAUUUAGCGCCUAAAUUAAAGGGAAGGCCUAGGGGAAAGCGGAAAAAGCGUAGCGUCUCGCCUGGUUCGGAGAGUAACGAAUCCGAGUCUUCCAUUACGAAUCACUAUACAAGGUCAUUGGAAAAGUCGAAUGGUGCUCGUUCAGAAUCGCCGAUCGCCACCCGGCGGAGUGCUCGCAACCACGAUAACAAUGAAAACAAAGAGUUUAUGAAAACUCUGACGGCUUUUAUGAAAUCCAAGCAAAUCUCCAUGGGCCGGGUCCCGUCCUUAGGAUAUAAGGAACUAAAUUUGCACGAGUUCUUUACAAAAGUUCAAAAACUCGGAGGCUACGAUGCCGUUACGACGAAUCGUCUAUGGAAAUCCAUUUUCGAUGAUAUGAGCGGUUUUCUAAACAGCACAAGCGCAGCUACUGUUGUCAGGCGACAUUACGAGAGAUUUCUUCUUGCGUACGAACGGCACCUAAAAGGGGAAGAACACAAACCUCUUCCUGUAUCUGAGAGAAGAAGACUGAAAUCCAAACGAGAAAGUUCUAGCAACAGUAGCGUGAGCGAUGCAGAAUCAGUUACCGAUGUUCCGAUACCUUCCACUUCCGGAACGAAUUCUCCACAAGCGAGUAGUGAAAAUAAGGAAACCAAUACACUAGGAAAAACUUCCUCUUUGAGAAGUAUUCGAGUGAAACCAGAGAGGCAAAAAGAAAAACAAGAUGAUAAAAUUAAAGAGGCUCAAGAUAGUAAGAUAAAUUCCGAACUUAAAUUGGAGCCUAAAAGCAGUACCGAUGAUAUACGACCCAACAACUCUCCCGCCGAAAGCGAACGGAAAGUUGAAGCAAAGUUGAUUAUGGAGGAAUCUAUAAAGUGUACAGAAGUAGAGCAGAAAAUUGAGACCAAACCUGCCGUAUCACUUCUCAACGAAGAAUCGAGUACAAAGAUUGAACCGGAUAAUCAGGAUGAAAAUAGGGUACAAAUAGAAAGACAAACAACUGAUAAAGACGCUAGUCCGUUGACAUCGGCCGUUGCGCCAAUAGUUCACAAGAUUAUAGCAGAAAAAACUCCAUCACCUGUGGAAGGUAAAGAAAACAUACCGAUCAUUAAAACUGGCGAAGCUGCUGUACCUACCAACACUCCUGAAGUGAUGAUGACCUCCUUCAAGUACAAUGCCCCAGACGCGUCCAAAAAAGAUUCGGAAUUUUUCAAAAACCUGAACAGUUCCUUUAUACGGGAUCUAAAAAAAAUUAAGCUGGACAUCUUGAAGGAGGGAGGCUUGGAAGUCACUCCGAUUAAAGCCGGAACGGGAUCGUCUUCAAUAAAAGAAAUAAGACCAUCGGUAAUACAACCGACGGCUCAGAGUCCAGCUAAAACUUUGACUCCUCCUUCGCUGACUAGCGGCUCUUUUCCGAAAAGGAUCCACGUGUCGAUCACCCCAAGCGUAAACGUUACGCAAAUUAAACCAGCUAAUAGUACUCCCGUAAAACAGAUCAAACCGGAUAAGGCUUCGUUUGUAGAUAGCACUACGCCACCCAAAGUAGUGCAGUCCAAGUCGAUUUAUUCAUAUUCGGAAAAAACGGUGUACGGGAAUCCGAAAGAUAUUUUGCAACCUGCUUUGGUGCCUCGAUUUUCGGGCGCAACAAUCAAACAUGGCGGGGGUGACCCCAUCGAUCUGUCAGUUACAAGCCCACAGAAACCCGUCGUGGAAAUUAUGAGAAUUCAGCAAUCGUCCAUGUCUGCCAUGAAUUUUCCUCACAAUCGCGAGACCGUAACAAAAAAUUUGUAUAAAUCUGCAAAAGCGUCGUUACUCGACGGCAGACGACUAGGGUCCAAUUUGGAAAUUACUCUUGUAGGACCAAAAUCGGCGGCGAUGCAACCGCCAAAAGUACCAAGCAAUUCUAUGAGAGUUGCGACACAGAAACGCUCAACAAGUGAUAAUUAUGCCAACAAGACUGCAAAACUUAGAACAGAUCAAAGUGCUAAACAAGAUAAGUAUGGUGCGCCGUCGGUGUAUAAAAACAGUGUAGAAGUGGGUGGCUAUAGCUCCUUCAAUAAUAGCUUAAAUUCAAGUGCUAAAAGCGAGAUGAAAUUAUCCUCACAAACGCAGAAACCACUUAUACCGCCCUUUCCACAGACAAUGCCGCCGUACCUGGGACAGUUUCCCGAAAACGUUAAUGGAGUCAAUCCGUUUAUACCUCUGAUGGAUUCUUUGUAUUACCAAGCUGCACUCCAGAACGCGUAUUCAAAUAUACCUAGUUUACCGCCUCCGAUUCUACCCAUUCCUACUCCAGACCAGUUGAAGCUUUAUGCCGAGCUUAUGGCUCACGGGAGGUUAAAUUUUCCCUUCCAAUCUCCCAAAGAUGGUCAUCCAUCCGCAAUAAACAAUAACGGCAAGACCCAGUAAAACAUAUCAAAAUGAGUUUCUGGUCUUUUUUGGUGUGGUUGUUGUUAAAAAAUAUAAGUUUGAGAAUAUUAAAUGUAUCUAAUUCAUAUUUGAAACAACAGGUAACUUCUCUUGUUGGGUUGGAAUGCAUUUUUAUUGAAAGAUGCUGACUGAGAAAACUAAACUAGCCCGUUCCAAAAAUGAUAUAAAAAGAAAUUGUGCAAUGAUAGGAAAUUUUAACUUUUAAAAUCUAGAUAGUGAUCUAUUAACUGGUGGGCUUGAAUAAUCAGUUUUAUCGAUAUUUUAAGAUUUCGGGCAUAUUUUAUUGAUUCAAAAGAAUUCUUGGAUUAUUUUCAUGUAGGACCAACAAGUAAGGAUGUAUUGGUUAUAUAAAUUUGUUUUUGUUGUAUUAUCAUACAAAUAACCCAAUGUUGUAUAUAUAAAGGCCAGAUUUAACUUAGUGUCUGUGAUUUUAUUAUAUAUAAAUGUAACAUACCAAAAUAGAGUUUGUAUGUAAUUCCUAUUUUUGUUGAUCGGUUCAGCAAGCUUAAGAUUUUAUAAGUUACACAGUGUAAAUAACAUUUAUUUUAUAAUUUGACAAUGUUUAAAUGUUAUAUAUAAAUUGCCAUUACAAUAAAUCAUUACAAAUUAUA